AUGAUACCCGACUGGCACUGGUGGCUGACACCAGCCAGCAAGUCACUGGUGCAGCAGGACUUCAGCAGUUCCUGGCAACCAUUGGCCUUAUUUUUGGAGCAGCUUACACCUGCACAAAGUCAGUCGAGUGUGUAUGACAGGGAGCUGUUUGCCCUGUAUGAGGCAAUCUGCUACUUUCACCAAACACAGGGAGACUGUGAACUUUAUGAUGUUUUCAAACCACAAACCCAUCACAUACACCUUGCAGCAGACAAUCAGAUACUCCUCAGCGAACCAGUUCCACCAGCUGGACCCACUAAUCGAAGUGCUAGGUUUUUCAGGUGCCAGCCAGCCAGCCAGCAAGCCAGCCAGCCGAGCAGCAGCGGUCCAGCCGAGCAGCAGCAGCAGCAGCGGUCCUGGUCCCGAUCCCACUCCCAGCCAGGAGCAGAAGUUCAGCCGGCAGCAGCCAGCCAGUCCUCCUGCAGCAGCAGCAGCAGCAGCGGCGGUCCAGCCAGCCAGCCAGCCACCAGCAGCAACGGUCCAGCCGAGCAGCAGCCAGCAGGAGCAGCAGCAGCAGCGGUCCUGGUCCUGGUACCAGCCAGCACCAGUGGUCCAGCGGGCAAUAGCCAGCCAGUCCUCCUGCAGCAACAGCAGCAGCAGCAGCGGUCUAGCGGUCCAGCUGAGCAGCAGCAGCAGCAGCAGCAGCAGCAGCAGAAGCGGUCCUGGUCCCAGUCCCUGUCCCAGCCAGCAGCAGCGGUCCAGCCGGCAGCAGCCAGCCAGUCCUCCUGCUGCACUAGCAGCAGCAGCAGCGACGGCGGUCUAGCCACUGAGCAACAGCUGCAGCAGAAGCAGCAGCGGUCUCGGUCUCGGUCCCGGUUCCGGUCCCAGCCAGCACCGGUGGGCCAGCCGGCAGCAGCCAGCCAGUCCUCCUGCAGCAGCAGCAGCGUUGGUCUAGCCAGCCAGCCAGCCACCCAGCUAGCCAGCCAGCCAGCCAGCCUGCAAAGCAGCAGCAGUCCGGCCGAGCAGCAGCGGUCCAGCCGAGCAGCAGCAGCAGCAGUGGUCCCGGUCCAGGUCCCGGUUCCAGCCAGCAGCAGCGGUCCAGCCGAGCAGCAGCAGCAGCAGCAGCAGCGGUCCCAGUCCCGGUCCCCGUCCCAGCCAGCAGCAGCGGUCCAGCCGGCAGCAGCCAACCAGUCCUCCUUCUGCACUAGCAGCAGCAGCAGCGACGGCGGUCUAGCCACCAGCAGCAGCGGUCCAGCCGAGCAGCAGCAGCAGCAGGAGCAGCGGUCCCAGUCCCGGUCCCGGUCCCAGCCAGCAGCAGCGGUCCAGCCAGCAGCAGCCAACCAGUCCUCCUUCUGCACUAGCAGCAGCAGCAGCGACGGUGGUCUAGCCAGCCAGCCAGCCACCAGCAGCAGCGGUCCAGCCAAGCAGCAGCAGCAGCAGCAGCAGCGGUCCCAGUCCCAGUCCCGGUCCCAGCCAGCAGCAGCGGUCCAGCUGGCAGCAGCCAACCAGUCUUCCUUCUGCACUAGCAGCAGCAGCAGCGACGGCGGUCUAGCCAGCCAGCCAGCCAGCCAGCCAGCUAGCCAGCCAGCCAGCCAGCCCGCAAAGCAGCAGCGGUCCGGCCGAGCAGCAGCAGUCCAGCCGAGCAGCAGCAGCAGCAGCGGUCCCGGUCCAGGUUCCGGUUCCAGCCAGCAGCAGCGGUCCAGCCGAGCAGCAGCAGCAGCAGUCCCAGUCCCGGUCCCGGUCCCAGCCAGCAGCAGCGGUCCAGCCGGCAGCAGCCAACCAGUCCUCCUUCUGCACUAG